CACGCGUAAAUGUCACUGACUGAGUAUCGAUAUACACGUUUAUAUAAUUGACUGUUUAAAAUAGUGCACAGUGUUCACAACAUAUCGACCGUUUUCGCGUUAUCAGUAGAAAGGAUAGUGUGAGUGUUUGCAAACGAGAUUUUUUCAAUAUCGACAUGGCAGAAAAGGAAAAUCCUCCGCCAUAUUCCCCAACAGAGCCUGCCCCGCAGGCAUUAGGGUUCCAGAGUCCCGCCUCUAACAUGGGCACCACACAGGCUCCGCCCCCGGGAUACAGUCCGGCCUCGCUCCAUGGUAACCAUGGUUACGGGUACGACCAGCCAAUGGACAUGCAGUAUGGGGGCUACCCCAUGGCGUAUCCCCAUGGGCACGGGCCGUUUGUCAACAGCAGCACGUCCAACAACGUAGUGGUGACACAGGUAGGCGGCGCUACGGGACCCAUAUACCAGACGUUACCUCAUGACUACACCACGCAGGCCUGGUUAGCCUGUCUUUGCUGCUUCUGGCCCACCGGUCUUCUGGCGAUCUUGAAAGCAAGUGAAGCCCGUGACGCCCUGGCCCGGGGUGACCUAUAUGGAGCUCAGUCAGCCUCCAACCAGGCCCGGACCAUGGUGCGAAUCAGCUACGUCGUCGGCGUUAUCAGCGUCGUGGUCGCUGUCGUCAUUUUGGCUGUCUGGUUCGGCGUGUUUAUCAACGGAAUCAACAAUACGGACUAAAAGGCUGUGGACUGGCGUGUUCAUCAACAACUUCAACAACAUGGACUAAAGCGCUGCGGAUUUUCUUAUGAAUAAUUGUUUGAGGCUGAGUGAUUGUGUGUGUGUAUUGAGAUGAAUAUUUAGAGACGUUUGCUGAAUAAAAUAUCAGAGAUUGAUAUUGAUCCCGUGAUGAUGAAUGUUUUGUUAUUCCACGCGCAUUCUAUAUAAUAAAACAUUUAAUUAUUUUAGUUUACACAAGUUUACACAAGUAGCACACACAAUCUUUAAACAGUUUUGCUAUCAGUAGGUCUGGUUAAAAGCAAUCCCAUUUUUAAAGGUACAAUAUCUUCAUAUUAAAUGAGGACAUUCCUUAAAUCCUACGAAAGUCAUUCAUAUACUUUUGAUUAAUAUUUUUAAAAACAAAACAGCAUAUGAUUAGGACGUCUAAAGUUGGAGACCCAUAUACUUUAUGUUAUUAAUAAAUUUGUUUUGCCAUGAAGUUUACAUUUCUCCAUAAUUUGUGAUUUAAGAAUAUUGAUGACAUUGUAAUGGUUAUAACAUUGAGUCCAAAUGUUUAUUGUUGAUCGUGGGCUAAAAGUACUUUUUAGAGUCAUAUUGUGAGAAUAGUUUGUUAUUUGUUUUGAACAAAAUCAUUCGUUCUUGUUUUUGCAAUAAGGUAUUUAUGACAUUGUAUUAAAUGUCUGUGUUAAUUAUUUAUUUGGAUAAUUAAAAAAAAUAAACCAGCGUUGUUAA